UUAUUAACAAGAACAGGAAGUGCAUUGUGGGUAAGGGUCGCAUCCCAGCGUCCUUUGCGUUGCUCAGAAAGAGGUCAUUUUUUCUCGGAGAGGACGCAAAAAGAUUUGCCAAGCACUCGGAGUAGCAAACAUGUCUGAAACCAUAGAGGAAAAGAUAAAAACCUACAGGACGGCUCCUUUCGAUGCCCGCUUCCCCAACACUAACCAGACCCGCAACUGUUACCAGAACUACCUGGACUUCCACAGGUGCAACAAGGCCUUGUCAUCCAAAGGCCAGGAUGUGGCUCCAUGCCAGUGGUACCAGAGGGUUUACAAGAGCCUCUGCCCCAUGGGCUGGGUCUCAAAAUGGGAUGAACAAAUUGAAAACGGAAAUUUCCCUGGAAAGAUCUGAAAUCACUUUUCGUCACCAGUGAGGGUGUUGGGGUGACCUCUCCAGAACAACACAAAUAAUAACAUACAUUCUUACUUAAAGCUCAAAGCACACGCAAAUUGAAAUAGUGAAGUUAUAAAUCUUUUUUUUCUUUCUCCAAAUCUUUGGCAUAGUUUAAUAUGCGUUGAUGACGUUUAAAUACCUUUUAAACGGGUAUAAACUCAUGAGCCUGUCAUUUUGUCAUUUCAGUACACAACUGACCUCAGCUGGUAUUACCCGAGCAAAAGUAAAUAUCUUUUCUUUAAAUGUUACAUUGUUUGCAUUUUUUUUUCUCCCCAUUCUGUGAACAAAUGUAUUUAAACAUACAUAGAUGAAGAUAUUAUGCUCAGAAUCCAAUGUUCUAAGACUAAAGUUUGAGCGUUCUUAUAGUUGUGAUUCUUCAAAGUUGGACUUACCGUUUGCCAACCUUUCAAGCAUGACACCCUUACUUUUAUUGUGAAGUGGACAUGUUUAAUAAAGUUUCAAAAAAUCUGUAAAA